UGUAUUUACUACCUAGUUAUAAAUUUUUCUCUUUAUUAUCAUUUGUAAUGUAAACAAUGCGGAAGAACCUUGUGAAAGUGAAUUUCAUAGUUUCAUUAGAUUAAAUAAAACAAUUGCUAUUUACUUUACAACAAGAUACGUUGGAGAAGUGCUUUGAAGUUUGAAAAGUUUCACGAAUGUAAUUAUGCCGCGAAAUUAUGAAGAGGAUUCUGGACGCAGCUCAUGUUCCGCCGCGUCUAUAACGCUAAGCCCUGUUAUCGAUUACCAUUUCAAACAGCCACUUUCAUACAAAUCAGAUGACAUACAACCUGAUACUAACUUGGUAGUGAGUACAAAACCUAGGAGUUAUGUUAACCUCGUGAAAUCGCCAGACGAAAAGGAUCCAUUCCCUAGUUGUAGAUUACCAAACAAACAGAGAAAACCAGUGUUAAACUUUUUUGAUACGCCGCGCAUGGGUGGACUGAGCAAUGCUCACUCAACAUUGAAUAUUGCUUGUAGCACCCAAAUAGAAACAUCAAAUACUCAAAAUGCUGUGUCCAUGAAUGCCUUACACAAAGAAAAAUUGGUUAACAAGCAAUUCUCAAAUAGUAAUUUUAGAAGAACCAAACCAGUGCAAAGAGCAGCAUCUCGUUUAUAUAAAGCAGAGACGUUGAAAGGAAAGGAUGGUUGUGUGGGACCUGAAUUUAUUGUUCGGGCAUCACAGCCUGCUAAAAGUAUAGAUUUAACAAUUUCCGCUUUGUGUGAUAAGAAAGUAAUAACAGUUGUUCUUUUAAAUGGACAGAAGAUAGAUGUUAUAUGUGACCCAAAUAGUGUAACAGUCGGUCAAAUAUUUGAAGCUCUUGUUCACAGUGAAAAAUAUGAGCACAAUUUCAUGUUAGGCAUUGCUGUACUUAUUGGAGGAGAUUUUGUAUUUUUACCUGAGGAUUAUAAAAUAAAGAAAAUAGCACCUGAAAAUUGGCACAAGAAUAGUAAUAAGAAACACAAAAAUGCAGAUGAAGAUAUUUCUUUAACAGUAUUUUUAAGAAUUAAAUUUUUCUUGCCUAAAAAUAUUGCCAGUAAUAUUCAAGGCGGAGAAUGGAGGUAUCGGGUAUAUUUGCAGUUAAGGAGAGCAACAGUUGAAGGACAAAUGAUCUCAACGAUACAGAAUCUCAUUUUAUUAGCUGGUUAUGCAUUACAUAUAGAGUUUGGUGAAUUUUCAUAUAGAGAACAUGGCACUGCAGAUUAUUUUUUACUAGAACAUUAUUUACCGGAAUCUCUGAUCACUAAUGAAAUGGCAGAUAUUAAGUUACGGAUGAAGAGAGCUCAUGAAUCUCGAAGGGGCUUAGAAAGGAAUAGAGCAAUCGUAAAUUAUAUAACACUAGCGCAAACUUUUCGUGAUUAUGGUGCACACUUUUAUUCAGCUAUUUGGGCUACGAGAGAUGGGUUUUGUAGGGAUGUUUGGUUAUCUAUAGGACCUAGAGGAAUUACGCUAUAUUCAAGGACAAGCCAGAUUCUCGAUUCACCAAAUAGCAGUACAAACCGCAUUGUGUUACAAAGCUUACCAUGGCAUCAUAUUCACAAUUUUUACUACAAUAAGAAAAGCCUCUACAUUGUACCUAACGCAUAUUCAGGACUAUCAAAAAUCGGAAUUAAAUAUAAGUUAAAAAUGACCGACAAUAAAAGUUAUUUUAUAUUCUGGCUAGCAUCACUUCAUCAUAGAUUAUAUUUAAAACUUUAUGCUAAAGAAGACUUUAUCAGUUAUUUGUCCAGUGAAUUAAGUUGUCCAUUCACAACCGAUAGCCCAAAGAAGGCAGAAGUGAGCAAUUACCAGGAUAGUUAUAAUCUCGCUGUAAGAAACCCUGUACGGGUAAGACGACCUGUACGGCGAAGAUUCAAAGUAGAUCUGUUUGGUGAUAAAAAAGCGCAAAAUAAAGAAAAUGAAAAACCUAACACUGAGGAAUUGUUACGGCGAAUAUUGUCGCCCCAAAAUAGCGAUGAUAGUAUUUUAAACAGUCCACCUGGUCAUGGAAGUUCUUCUAAUGAUGGAUUAUCAUCAUCUGAAAGUAGCUUACCAAGAAGACAUGGCGUUAAAAUGGGAACAAGAGUUUUCAAUGGAAUGAAAUCGUCAGGAUUAAAUAACACAUUAACAUCGCCAAAAUAUAUGUAUAUGCGUUCUGAGGGUGACCUGGUCGCAACACAAAGUGAUUCAGAUGACUUAAGCUCAGAACAAAAACAGCAUUGUAAUGUAAAUAGCAUGAAACUGUUACCCGAAAGGGCUUAUAGCCAAAACAUGUCACAAGCACCUACAGCUUAUGUAUUGGAAUCACCAAAAGUAUAUUCAGAUGUAUUUAAUUAUAAUGAAGGGAAUGAAUCUUGUGUAAAUACAUCCAUUUUUGAGAAACUAGACAAUAUGGAAUGUGUUCAAGGUGAAAGAGUAUUUGUGACAGCUGUUUUAGAAAGAGAUGAUAAUAAUGCUUUAGGUCUACAGGUUGCAGAGGGCUCUGAUGGAAAUGUAUACAUAAAAUCUAUCACACCUGAUAGUUCUGCAGAUUUAAAUAAGAAAUUAUUGCCUGGAGACCAAAUAAUAUCUGUUAAUGGACAAACUUUAUUAAAUUUAAAAUAUGACAAAGCCUUAUCUCUGUUACAAUCGGCUCCCAAAGUAGUAGAAUUAAUAGUUCUUCAAAAUACAUUAAAAAGUACAACUGCAGAACACCAAGAGGACAGAAGUGAUACAAGCAAAAGCAGAGAAAACAAAUUUAAAGAAAGCAUUGUGUCUCUAGAUGCUGAGCUGACAGAUGAUGAACUUUUAAAUGAAGAAGCUUUGAAGACAAUAUAUGCACUAAUAAAGUUAACGAAAGAGAAAGUUGUGAAUAGAAUAAAAGAAAAGUCUAGCAGACAAAAUACACCUGUUAGAAGUAACUUGCAAAAAUGUUACUCUGAGAACAGAGUAUAUGAUGAAUCUGAUUUAGGUGAUCAAUCUUCACAAGACAAUUCACCUGCUAAGAAAAAUGACCAGAAAUUCAAUUCUUGGCGCGGGAUUGUCCCUAAUUCAAAGUAUAAGCGGCGACCGUUAAGUUUAAGCAUUCCGUCCGAUGUUAAUAUACCUGAUAACUAUUUAGAUGACACCAGUGAUAUUUUAAAGAAGUCGUCUUUAAAAUCUAUACAGUCUUCACUGAAUAGUGUAGAUAAGAAUGGCAAUAGCGGUUCUAUGAAGAAUGUGGCGUUGCCCCGUAAUUUUGGGUUGAGCAGAAGGUGGUUAGGUCCAGUAAAAUACCCAGUAACUCCCUGUAAAAAUACAAAUACUGACAACACAGCAGUAAGCAGUGAUGUCGUACGGACGAGGCAUUUUGUUUACGGCACUGGUGAUUCAGAUGAAGAUCAAAUAUUUUUAUAGUACCUUACUAUUUUACACGAAUGUACAUAUUUACGUGUUGUUUAAUGACAAAUAUUUAAAAAAAUAAAUAUGAU